AUGUCCGCUCAACCUUCAAGUAGUGCCGCCGUCGCAAUGGACGACCAGCCAACUCCACAGCAACUCCUCUUUGCCAAAUCCAUCAUGCUCACCUUUGAGCUUUGGCCAGCGAUGCGUCUCGCCGUCUCCGAAGAAUGGGGAGGCUCUGACUCGGCCGACAAGCGCGACUUCCUUCUUUCUCAUCUCUGUGAUCAAUACGGCAACCCUGGCUCCGCUUUCGAACCAGAUCUCGACGAUCUCGCAGACAUCCUCGAACACUACAUGAUUGACGAGUUCGAAGCUCGUCUCGAAGAUGGAUCUCCAGACUGGGUCGCUGGCCGUAUCGUCGGGCUGCAUCGCGUCAUCUUUGCUCCCGGAGAUGACUUUGCUCGUGCCCAAGCAGCUGUGGCAGAGCUCGAGAAGGCGUAUGAGGAGCUAAAGGGCAAGAAGGCAACUUUCGAACAGGGGCCAAACCAGGAUGGAGAGGUGGACGGAGGGCACAGCGACGAUGAAGAUAUGCAAGCUGCGAGGAGUAUGGUUCAGUCACAUGGCGGGAUCAUGGAGGCUGACAGGCAAGGUGCGAGGGUUGACUUGGAGCAGGCUCAGGCAAGAGCGGCGCCCAGGGAAGCUCAGCAGCCGAUCAUUGACGAGGACGGGUUCGAGACUGUUGUUUCGAGGAGGCGACGCAAGUGA